AGUCUAAAAACAGGAAACGACCUGCUGCGAUGCAUGUCUACCUUUUAUUUGGACUCUGCACCAUCAAAGGUUCUGACGACCAUCAGGCAACUUCCCAAAAACUCAAAAACUCACCGUCUGCUGCCUCUCUCUCUCUCUCCCCCCCCAGCUGCUUCCUCCCCCGACUCCUCAUCCACUGACUCCACUAACACCACCCACUCUACUAACGCCAUCACACACGUUCCUCCUCCCAUCACUCCAUCUACACCUACCAUCCCCACCACUAGCAUGCUACUAACCCCACCCGUCAGUCCCACCACCGCCAGCACAGCCAGCUCCUCCUCGUCCGGUAAGGCUUCCUAUGCUUUGCUGCUUUAGGUUUCCUGUGAGCAUCUCUGGAAAAUCAAUUAUUGA